ACCCGAUCUUCUCGUGUUUCCGUUAACGCUGACGGAUCGCUCGGAGUUGUGUUGUGUUCUGGAAGCGGUUGAAACCUCAGAAUCAUUCAUCCAUACUGUUUGGUGUGGUGCCCCCCGCUGGAAACGUCACCCCACACGAACCUCCCCAAAACCCGUCCUCCAAUGACCGCAGCGCGUCCUGAGACGGUGGAAUAAAACCUCCGUCGGGCCCGUGAGCUGCUCUUACCGAGAAACGGAUCCAUCUGACGGGCAAAGCACACAGAACAUGCGCCAUCACGACUGACACUGGCGCCGGAUAAAAGCCGUCGGAUAUUUGCUGCUCUAUCAGGCAAUAAAAGUGUCACGCAGGAAUAUUUUCACGCAAGACCUCAUAUGGACUAAAACAGCCAAUUAAGUGCGAGUGGACACUUGGACAUUUAACCAGGACAUCAAGUGACCGAGACUGAGAAAUGUCCAACACAACUGGACGAGCUCAUGGGGGUCUUAAUCAACUAGGUGGCAUGUUUGUGAAUGGUCGGCCGCUCCCGGAGGUCAUCCGCCAGAGGAUUGUGGACAUGGCACACCAGGGCGUGAGACCCUGCGACAUCUCCCGCCAGCUGAGGGUCAGUCACGGCUGCGUCAGCAAGAUCCUGGGCAGGUACUAUGAGACGGGCAGCAUUAAACCAGGAGUCAUCGGUGGCUCAAAGCCGAAAGUCGCGACUCCUCAAGUGGUGGAGAAGAUCGCCGAGUACAAGCGUCAGAACCCCACAAUGUUUGCGUGGGAGAUCAGAGACAGAUUGCUGGCGGAGGGUGUUUGUGACGGAGACACGGUGCCCAGCGUCAGUUCCAUUAACAGGAUCAUUCGCACUAAAGUUCAGCAGCCAUUCAAUCUUCCUCUGGACACUAAAGGUGUCAGUCCUGGACAAACACUGAUUCCCAGCUCAACGGUCACCCCUCCAGAAUCUCCUCAGUCGGAUUCUCUGGGCUCCACGUACUCCAUCAGUGGACUGCUGGGAAUCCCACAGACCAGCAGCGACAGCAAGAGAAACCAUGACGACAGCGAUCAGGAGAGCUGUCGGCACAGCGUGGACUCUCAGAGCAGUAGCGGUGGAGCCAGGAAACAGUUGAGAACGGAUCACUUCCCCUCGCAGCACCUCGACUGCGGAUUCCAGUGUCACUACAGUGCAGACGCAUUCAGCUCGACUGCGGCCGGGAAAACAGAGCAGUCGCCGUAUCCUCUCUCGCUCAUCAAUGGCAGUUUGGAUGAGGGUAAAAGUGGCUCCACUAUCAGUCGAAACCUGGCAGCACAUCAGGGAUACACGGUGGUCACAGAAGCCCUACAGCCCCUCCCACUCUGUCUGAAACAGGAAAUGCCACCCGAGGAGAACAGCUCAAGUCCCUCCCCCAACAUCAUCCCUAAUUCAGCUUUCCUGGAGCUCACAUCCAUCAGUAACAGUUGCGCCGGCUCCGCUCAUUUAUCUCAUGGCUUCAGCUCAUUUUCCCAUCAUGCACCUGUUAUGGGGCCGUUCAGCAGUCCGUCACUCAUCGCAGGACGAGAUGUGGCGAGCUCAAUGUUGCCCGGUUACCCUCCACACAUCCCUUCAGCUGCUCAGACGGGUUUCUCAUCAUCCACCAUCACUGGAAUGGUUGCAGGUCCAGAAUACACGAGUCAGACGUACAGCCAUCCGACCUACACCUCGUACAGUGACGCCUGGAGAUUCACCAACUCCACUAUCUUGGGUUCUCCAUAUUAUUACAGUUCAGCUUCACGAGCGGCUCAUCCGUCCACCGCCGCAUACGAUCAUCUCUAGCUCCAGGGAAACUUCUGUCGCUUUCACAAUGGAGUAUUUAGUGAAAAAACUCAAACAUAUUGACGGACGACACCUUUUGUUGCCUGUAAAUCUAUUGGUUUCCCGUUGAAGGCAAAUUUCCAGUUUACAUCUUGAGCAAGAAGAUUUUCCAGCAGUCGCAGAGAAGACACCUGUAUUUAUAUUUCUCUGUAGCCAAAGACAUUUCUGUUGUGAACUGUUUUCAUAGAUUCAUGACCACAAGAGUCUGUGAAACAUCUAGUUGUAUUUUUUAUAUCCAAAACUUAAGAGUAGCAACACAACCUGAAUAAAAGCGGCAGUAUAUCCACACAAUGAAAGCAGUGAGCAGUCCCACUGGAGGAAUAAUACCAAAUAAACAGCAUCAGAAUUCAUCGUUCUUCUGCUUGAGAAAGUGAAGUGCAUUCGGGAUGAAUGAGUAAAGAUCGUGUUGGGCUGGUGUAGUUUGUAUUUAAGGUAAAUGGAUUGAUAUCUACAGAACUAUGAGUAUUUAAAGUUGUCACUCAUUCAUCCCAUAUUCAUAUAUAACGCUGUUGCCUUUCAUUAACUCAUUCAGUUUCUCUUUUCAAUUCACUGUAUUUCCCCAUCAUGACAUUCAGAAGUUGUGUUCAUAUGUUUUGGGGCAAUAUGUACAAAAUGAAAUUCUUUUAUGUGAUUAUUGCGGCAUUCAUUAGAUUCAAAACUUGAUAUCUUACAGUUUGUCAUAAUUUUAUUUCUGUGAGUUUCAGAAAUUAAGUUUGAUUGUUCUGUCAAUUAUAUUAUUCAAAUGUAAAUUAAUAAUUUCUACAAAAUUAUUUUGAAUGAAAUAAAGCAUGACACAGCAGCGUCCUCCCGUGUUUCCCUUUCA